AUGGAGUUUGUUGAAUCUUUUCUUGAUCAAGAAUGGGAAUCACUAAGCAAAAUGUUCUCGAUCGGAGAAAACAACCCCGAUUUAUUGCCGUUUCCUAGUAACUACUGCGAGAAUAUGGCUAACGAGGGUUCGUCGUUAUUUCUCCCUUCUUCUUCUUGUGAAAUCGAUCACACUUUCCACAACAACGUGUACCGUGUUCCUCAAGAAAGUAGCAAUAGCAAUAACAAUGGCGUAAGCUUCCAUCACCACGAAGAAGAAUAUUUAACCAACAACACGUUCGAUGAGUGCAUGAAUUAUUACACUAGUAUGAUGGUACCCGUUUUUUCCGACGAUGUCAUAAUGGAAGAAAUGUUCGACGACCAAUCGGGAGGCCAUAAUAAUGGGGAAACCGAUGAUUCUUGCAAGGACAUUAUUCGGCUCAAACGGAAAUACGAAGCCGAAGAAGAAGAGCCAAUUAUCGACGAACCUUCUAAGCGGAAGCCUCGAGUUUCUAGAAAUAAAAAUCAAAAGGCGGCUAAUCAGUCGAAAAAGAAGAAGAAAAUGAUCGGUGAGGACGAGGAAGAUAUUAAUAAUGAAGAAAAUAAUAUGAUUAUUAGUAAUGAUGGUGGAGGAAAUAAUCAAAUUAGUUCAAGCAGCUGCAGCUCUGAAGAUAUUCAUGAUUCCAUUACUAAUAGUAAUAAUAAUGCUUCGGAAUCGAAACUAGAUUCGGUUUCGCUAAAGUCGUUGAACGGGAAAGCCAAAGCCAAUCGCGGUUCUGCAACUGAUCCUCAAAGCCUCUAUGCUAGAAAAAGAAGAGAAAGAAUCAAUGAGAGAUUGAAGAUCUUGCAGAAUCUUGUUCCCAAUGGAACAAAGGUUGACAUAAGCACAAUGCUCGAAGAAGCUGUCCAGUACGUGAAGUUUUUGCAGCUUCAAAUCAAGUUGCUAAGUUCUGAUGAUCUGUGGAUGUAUGCUCCAAUUGCUUAUAAUGGAAUGGACAUUGGCAUGUAUCAGAAGAUUUCACCGAAUUUCUGCUUAUAAUUAAUUAAUUAAUUAUUCUUUUUUGUUUUCUUUUUAAUAAUUUAUGAAGAAAAGUGUAAAUGCUGAUUUGUUUACAAAAUCUGCCGGUUCAAUUAAUUACGAUCAUGAGUAGUAA